AUGUCAUUCUCGUCGUUCAAGAAUCCGGCGACGUACCAUUUGCUCAGCUAUGGCACCCUCCUCGGCUCAACCCUCUUCCAGUCCUUCGUCUCAGGCAUCGUAGCCUUCCGCGUCCUCCCGCGUCCCCAAUUCUCCACACUUCAGAAGCACACUUUCCCUGUAUACUUUACGCUCCAAACUCUUACUCCCGUUGUAAUGCUGCUCACCUAUCCGCGUGGUGGUGCACCCUCCCUGCUUCCAUUCCUCUCUUCGUCUCCCAUGCCACCGACUGCAACCGACAAUCUGAGUUCCUGGCUACAUACUACCAUGUUCCUCACGGCGCUGGUGAAUUGGGUGUACAUUGGGCCCAAGACGACCGAGGUCAUGGGUCUGAGGAAACAUCAGGAGACCAGGGAUGGGAAGAAGAGCUACGAUGCCGGGCCACACAGCAAGGAGAUGCAGGCCUUGAACAAGCAGUUUGGCAUCUUGCACGGCGUCAGCAGUUUGGUCAACAUGGUGGGCUUGGGGGCUAUGAUCUGGUAUGGUGCGGUACUAGCUGAGGGACUGAGUUUGUAA